GCUCAUCCUGAUAUUUCUUAAUUUUUCUGGAUUAUGUGUGUAGGAGGCCUAUUGUGUUUUUAUUUUACUAUUUUUAUUGCUAGGUAUUACUGCACUGUUGGAGCUAGAAACACAAUCAUUUCGCUGUACCUGCGAUAACAUUUCAAAAUCUGUGUACACGACCAAUAUAAUUUGUUUUGAUUUGAAUUUGAUUUGAAUCAAUCCUGAACACAAAAAUAUGAACUCUUAUACAUCCAUUUGUCCCCACCUGGUGUUCACAACAUGUAAACUUUGGAUAGGCUUUGCCGCCACAGCAAGAACCACGCAGUUGUUUUGGGUUCCACUGUGAUUUUGUAUCACUUCUCUUUGUAUGACACAUACAGGCUACAGUAGCAGGCCUAUGGAAAGUCCCUGAGUGGGGACAAUGAGUAAUAUCCGUAGUGGGUGUUGGUGGAAAAGGUGUAGCAGUAUGGCAAUCAAUUGAGUAAGCAUUCCUAUAAGAAGUUGUUAGCACUAAAAUGGUUGAAUGCAUUGGACAUUAGCUGAAUCAUGCAUUGGAAGCGAAUGGGAUUUGCGCGUAAAUUCACAUUACAGCGGAUUUCAAAUUGCUUAGCCUAGCCUAAAUGUUGAUAAAAUAUAGAGUGAACUGAAGUCUGUAUUAAAUGGCUUAUAACAGGGACAGAAUGUGUUAAUAUUGUCACCGCUAUGAGUGCUAUGACAGGGACGAAUAGACUAUGUGCGGUGAUCCAUGAUAAAUAGAUCCCUCCCUUCUGGAUGAAAGCAGUGAGUGAAUGACAGAAUCAUAACAGAAACAGUUAGAUUGAAAACACUACUUUCUUCAAAAGGAACAGAAUCGUCUCGAAUCAGCAAGGGGCAUUCAUCAUGGGGAAGCUAUGUGAGCUGGCCUUUGUGUCUCUGGCCCUCCUGGCUCUACUUCAUACUGACUCUACAUGGGCCAAGAGAAGUGUCAGCAGUAGCAGCAGCAAAAAGUCUUCAUCCAACAACAGGGGUUCAGAAAAAAAGCCAUCAAAAACAUCAAACACGCAGACAGGAAGCUACCCCAGACAACCACAGAGCCCCAACAGGAACCCCAACUCAUACCCAGCAGGAGGUAGUUAUCCAGGAAGAGGUACCAAUCAGAACCAGAACCCAGCCGGUGGAUACCCUGCUGCAGGUGGCUAUCCUGCUGCAGGUGGCUAUCCUGCUGCAGGUGGCUACCCCAACCAGCAGUAUCCAGUCAGAGCCAAUCCUGGGGGAAAUCCAAACCAGAACCCUGCAGCUGGAGGUUACCCAGCCGCUGGUGGCUAUCCUGCAGCAGGUGGCUAUCCCAACCAGCAGUAUCCAGGCAGAGCCAAUCCUGGGGGAUAUCCAAACCAGAACCCUGCAGCUGGAGGUUACCCAGCCGCUGGUGGCUAUCCUGCAGCAGGUGGCUAUCCCAACCAGCAGUAUCCAGGCAGAGCCAAUCCUGGGGGAUAUCCAAACCAGAACCCUGCAGCUGGAGGUUACCCAGCCGCUGGUGGCUACCCUGCAGCAGGUGGCUAUCCCAACCAGCAGUAUCCAGGCAGAGCCAAUCCUGGGGGAUAUCCAAACCAGAACCCUGUAGCUGGAGGUUACCCAGCUGCUGGUGGCUAUCCCAACCAGCAGUAUCCAGGCCGGGCAAAUCCUGGGGGUUAUCCAAACCAGAAUCCAGCAGCGGGUGGUUACCCUGCAGCAGGAGGCUACCCCAACCAGAACCCAGGGAGAGGAGGAGUCAAUCCGGGAUACCCAGCUGGAGGUUACCCAGUAAGAGGGGGAAAUACUGGCAGGGGGCAGGCAGGGGGCUACCCUGGUAGAGGGAUGGGAGGAGGUUACCAACCCAACUGGAACCCAAACAAUAAGAUCCUCAGUCCCCGCUAUGGUUAUGGAGGUGGGCAUGGGGGUAUGGGAGGUGGCUCUCCAUUCUCACGCUCAGUUCAGAAUAUGGGGCACUACCCAUCUACUCAGUCCAAGGGCUUUGCUAAGAAGGCUCUUAUGGCCGCAGGGGUUGGGGCCGUGGCAGGUAUGGCAGUAGGCUAUGGCCUUGGGCGUUUCCCCCGCCCACAUUUCAACUUCCGCAACCCUCAGGAGGAGCAGUCCUACAACAACUACAUGUACAGCAAAUACGGUGAACGCUCCACAGAGGAAAACGACUAUGGCCGGGACUAUACCUUCAAAGUACCACCGCGGGCAGAGUCCUACGACAGCUUCAUGGAUACCUGCAUGAAGAGGAACGACCUUCUGCAGGAUCAGGGCAGCGACUCCCAGGCCACACCUAACAACCAGAGGAACAACCCCCAGGGAGCCAACAGCCAGAGCCUGCCCAUCACUCCUGAGGUGGGGAACAGCAGUCCAGCUAGCAACCAGGAGGGAACAGACACAGUGAAGCCCCUCACCCCAGCCCCAGUGGAGAUAGCUGGAGAGGAUACGGGUAAGGAGGAGGAUGACGGGCUCACAGUGAGCAUUGAGGAAAUUGGCUACCCUGCAUUGGUGGAGCAGCUGAAGAACCGUAAGUGUGUGGAGCUGUACAUGAACUACUCUGAGCGUUUCCUGGAGAAGCAGACAGCUGAACGUAGCAGCGACAGCAACAACAACAACAACAACAAGUAUGAGAACAGUCGCAGUAACCUCCUUAGCCAGGGGCUGGUACAACUGAUAACCACCUUCCUCAUGGUCCUGAGCAGCACUCUCCUGCUGCAGUAAGACAGGAACACAUAGCCAUGUCCCAGUUGUAUGGAAUAGCUUCAUUUCCUAGUCACCCCUCCUCAAUAUGCCACUGAUUUCUUGUGAGGAUAGGUUAAUUAAACAAGGUGUAGGUGGAGAUAUAACCAAUCCUUUAACUAAUCUGCGGUCAUGAAGGAAAGGGGACAAGGAAAGGAAGCCAGUGGAAAAUAACUUCCAGUGAACUUCCAGCAAAAUGAGGACCAAUAAAAAUAUGUACUGUAGGGGGUACUCGAGGACCGGAGUUGGGAACCACUGCUGUACAUGAUUCUUCACAUGGUAUUUGUACUUUAAGUGUUCAAUAUCUCAACACUAUUUCUAAAAUAAACCGAAACCAUCUGUCCUGCUUGUCUCUUACAGCUUAGUUCAGUCUACUGCUAAAUAUGGAAUAACAGCAUUUUGUCUGUAAGUCCCAAACCAUGAGUCAGUCGUGUAGACAAAGGGGAAGUAUAAAAGCAAAAGUAGCAAGUCUCAUCAGUACACCAUAUGACUUUAAUUAAAUGCAGAUACACUAGAUUAACAAACAUUAUUACAGCACCUUUUUGCCACCAUAUGAGGUACUAUCAUCCGAUUAGGGGUUCAGUAUCUUUUUGCCAAAGUGGUUCCACAGAAAGCACAGACAAGCAUUAUGUUGACCGUUUGUCAUAUUAAAUCCAUUUUAUUCAUGCAUUUCCGUGUGCGUUAUACUGUACAUCAGUGGUUCCCAACUCCAAACCCACAACCACACACAUUUUUGUUGUAGCCCUGGAUAAACAUAACGGAUUCAACUCAUUGAGGGCCUGAUGAUUAGUUGACAAGUUGAAACAGGUGUGCUUGUCCGGGGCUACAAUAAAAAUGUGUACUGUUGGGGCUAUUGGAGGACCGGAGUUUGGAACCACUGCUUUACAUAAUAGUUCACAUGAUAUUUGAAUUUGUACUCUAAAUGUUCAAUCUUAUGUGGUCUGCAGUAUUUGGUUUUAAAAGUUACCUGUUUUGUAAAUACUUAUAAUAAUUAAGUAGGGAAUGGUCAGAGUUUUGUUAUUAAUCAAUCCCUAUUUCUGUUCCUAUUUUUAUUUUGUGCUCUCUUGUCCCAUCUCUCUACCUCCCCAUCUAGUCUCCCUCUCCAUGUCCUCCUGUCCCCUGGUUAUCUGAAGUGCACUUAUUUCUCUUGGCGAAUAGAUAUAAAUGACUCUUCUUUUUCCUUUUUUUUCAAGGAUGUAUUUAGUGAUUAACUCAUUUAUAUUGGUUUUAACAUAGAGAACAACAUGCAUUGUUUUAAUGUGUCUUUAAAAUAACCACUUUGUCAUGCUCGAACUCAAUGGGGAAUUUUACCAUUAACUUGCUGAAAUGACUGAUGUCUUCUUCCAUUUCCCAAGUACAGAAUGACUAAAAACAAAUUUAAAAAAAACACAAUCGCACUUCCUUUUGUGCUCAUUGAAAAUGUGCGGUCAUUCUCGUCUAGGAAAACACGAGGGCAGUUACCAUGAUUAUCUCACAGAGCACAUAUAAGCUUUUAAAGACAUAUGUUACUAGGAAACUAGUUGCCUCAGGGAAAUUGUUACAGAACAGUCAUUACUGAGUGAGGAAAUCGAACAGACAUGGUUUGUACCUGCCAGUUGGCAGCGUUACCAUUCCCAUACUGUUAAAUGAAUAAUGAUAAUUAAGCUAUCUUUACAACAGAGCACAAAUACCUAAACUCAUCUCAUUCACUAAAAAUAUGUAUUUGAUUAUGAA